GAAGUGAAUGAAUAUCGCGGGAAAAGCAAAUAUCAGACUGUGAAAGAAGAUUCGGUCUUUUUCAAGUUUAAUAUAUUUACCACGCCGAUCUUAAUAAAUAUGACUUCAGUUUCAGAAGAGGAUCUUGUUGAAGAGUUUGACACGUUUGACAUAGACCUGACCCAGCCAGAAGUCAUAGAUAAAUUGAAGGAACUAUGUAUUGUGCAUCGCCUCGAGGCUGCCAAAAUGGCUGCAGAAUGGAUGGCAUUCUCAUGCUCGGCGAAGAGAAACUUAAAUCUUGACCUUGGAUCUUUGGACUCAUUUGAAAGAGAGCGCCUCUCAAAGAAGGCAAAAGUGCCUAAAGCGCCUCCCUCCAAGAAAGGUCCCGUGCUUUAUGACAUUAAUACCAUAGAAGAUGGUAUAGAUGAAGAAGACGCAGCCAACCUGCUGGGAGCCUACACAGCCCCUGGUACCACUCCCAAGGGGAACCUACCACAGAAACGCCAACACACACCUGAGAAUCUCCCUAUGAAACGGUUCAGCAAUGCCAUGCGAAGCCCUGUACCGUUUUCCCCACGAAGUUUCUCCCCUGCAAGUGUUACACCCUCACGGAAGUACUCAACUCGGACAAAUGCUGGUGAUGUUGUGUGUAGUUUUGGACCCACGGAUAAUAUCAGUUGGCAAGGUCAAGGCCAAGGAUGUUCGGUGGCACCUUUUGACAGCACGUGUCACCUGACCUCUCAGUUCAAACACAUGUUCCAGAAACUCACAGACAAGGCGCACAUUCUGAAUGACUUGAUAGAAGAUAUGUCUGCUGAGCUCCAGAACAAACAUGGCAUUGAGGAAUACUCACACGUGGCACUCCCAAACCAGGACCAGGUGACGGUGUCGGGUAGAAUCGGCUGUGACAGUAACGGUAAACUGAACGCCAAGUCUGUCGUCCUGGAGGGGUCCCGGGAGUCGUCAGCGGGAAAGUGUAUCCCAGUUGACCUGUCCAGUCUCAAGGAGUACUCCCUGUUCCCUGGUCAGCUCGUUGCCCUUGACGGCAGCAACACCACCGGACAGAAGUUUGUUGUCACCAAACUGUAUGAGAAUUCUCCUCUGCCAACAGCGGACAUGAAAGUGAAGCAAGAAAUCGACGCACCUCUGACUGUUAUGAUAGCAUCUGGCCCCUUCACGACCUCUGACACACUGACCUAUGAACCCCUGGAUGACCUCAUGAAGUACCUGCAGAGGGACAGACCAGAUAUUUGCAUACUUCUUGGACCCUUUGUGGAUGUCAAGAAUGAAGAAAUAGAGAAGGGUUCGGUUACCUGUACAUUUGAGGAGAUCUUCCAGCGAAAUAUCGGCCAAGUGGCUGCCAUCACAGAAAGGAUGAAGUGUAAGCUCAUCGUGGUACCAUCAGGCAGAGAUGUUCAUCAUUCAGCGGUCUACCCUCAGCCCCCGUUACAGAUGAAUGUUAAAAACUUUGAGGCAAAGAAUGUGAUGUUUGUGUCCGACCCCUGCACACUACAGAUCAACAACACAGUUUUUGGGAUCACUUCUACAGACGUCUUGUUCCAUCUGGGUCAGGAGGAGAUAUCCUUCCCUCCAGGUUCAGCUGACAGACUGGGACGCUUGGCCCAGCACAUGCUCUGCCAACACAGCUACUAUCCACUGUAUCCACCACAUGAAGAUGUCAACGUCGACUACGACCACUUCGAAGUGUACGGCCGUAUGCCAGUGACGCCACAUGUGCUGGUCGUGCCCUCAGAUCUGAGAUACUUCGUCAAGGACGUCAAGGGGUGUUGUGUGGUCAACCCUGGACGUGUGGCCAAGGGUCAAGUUGGCGGCACAUACUGCAGACUUGUGCUUCCCUCAAAUGCAACAGACAACAAACAGCCCACGUCCACCAUUGCUGCACAAGUCCUUCGAGUGUAACCUCCUUUAGAGCUGGAUGCACACACCCAGAGGUCACAUUGCAGUGAGUGAGUUAAAACUUAACGUCACAUCGGCAAUUCUUUAGCCAUAUCGUGACGAUCACAUUGCAGGCAGCAACUAACAAAAUAUUGCCUGCACAGAAGUUCGGAGACCCUGAUAAAAUAAGACAGGAGAUUCUAAUAAAUUCUAGCUUAACUCUUUUUUAUCUCAAAUGGGCCAACAAGAUUGAAAAAGUUUCAUUUGGCACAUCCUCAAUCACUUAGUGUAUAUCUCCAUUCCAUUUUGAUAACGACCAGGGCUCCAUUCCACAAAGCGCUCGUAGCUCUAAGACGGUCGUAACUCCUAUACUUUAACAAAGACUUCCGUCGUAGCACUACGAUCGCUUUGUGGAACAGGGCCCAGGGAUCAAUUAGCUGCCUAAGUUUCAUGUUUAGCCAGAUUCUAAUGUCACCUCUUUAAAAAACAAAAGCGAGAGAAAUGAUAUUCUGUUAGUGAUACCAGAUAAGGAGAAGGUGACAUCACUUCUGAAAGAAAGCCAUGGUUCAUGAAUGUAGAUGUAACACACUGGAAAACUGAAUAUGCAUUUUGCAAGACUUGAUGCUGUUAUUUGUUUAUUAACAUAGAUCUAUGUUUUCUAUGGUUUAAGAAUACAGUGAUUUUCUAUGUGAACUUUCCAUAGUGUUGCAUGUAGUCUGUUGUUUAGCCUUGUGGCACCAGUGCUAUGUAAUAUAUAGAGGAUAUUAUACGUGUGUUCAUGUCAUACUAUGUUUAUAACAAAAGUGUCCUCAAUUCCUGUAUUUCGCAAGUGAGAGCGAGGGGAAAAUCAGAUUUUAGGCAUGAGUGUCGUAAACAUUGUUUGACAUGAAUGGGAAUAUAAUGUUCUAUUUAUUACCGAAGAAGAUGUCUACAUAGACAAACUUUAGUGUUUACCUAUGAGGACAGCAAGUCCCAACAGCAGCAGAACCACAAUUUGUCAAAUCACAUCAAUCUUCAGAUCUGAUGUUUCUAGUGUGAACUCAUGCCAAACAUACGUCACAAUACUAUUCGAAUGACGUCCAUAAUGCCGUCGGGAUGAACAAUACAAUGUUGUCUCGUGACGUGAUGUGACCCUUGGGCACAUAUGAUUUUUAUGAACCCUGAUAUGUUUGCCCACGUAGGUAAUAAUUGUACAUAUCGAUAUAUUCUUCCUCAGUAGGACCUGAAGGUACACUUUAUCUCCUGAAAUGUAAAAUAAACUAGCAAAUAAAUAUUUAUAUGUAAA